AACCUAAAAAAAUCGAAGAACCAAAAAAAAUAAAUUCAAUAAUUUUAAAUAAACUUUUCGUAGUUUACAGACAACAGAGCUGCUUACGUGUUCUUCAAAAUUCAUACCUCCAACUAGAUUAGAUCCAUCCUUCCAUCUCUUAUUAGGGUUCUCUAAAUUUCUAAGCUUUUUUGUUUUUGAUUCUCCCAAAUUUUGUUCCUUUUUUUUUUUCUUUUUGGUAAGAAUUUAGUUAUAAUAUUCGGAGAGAGAGAGAGAGAUGGGUAAAGUGGCUGUUGCAACGACGGUGGUGUGCUCUGUGGCGGUGUGUGCGGCGGCGGCGUUGAUUGUGCGGCGGCGAAUGCAAAGCUCAGGGAAAUGGGCAAGAGUGAUUGAGAUCUUGAAAGCUUUCGAAGAGGAUUGUGCAACGCCAGUAGCGAAAUUGAGACAAGUGGCUGAUGCUAUGACCGUUGAGAUGCACGCUGGUCUUGCAUCCGAAGGUGGAAGCAAGCUUAAGAUGCUUAUUAGCUACGUUGAUAAUCUCCCUUCUGGGGAUGAAACUGGUUUCUUCUAUGCGUUGGAUCUAGGCGGAACAAAUUUCCGUGUAAUGCGUGUGCUUCUUGGUGGGAAGCAAGACCGUGUUGUUAAACGAGAGUUCAAAGAAGAAUCAAUUCCUCCUCAUCUCAUGACCGGGAAAUCAGAUGAGUUAUUCGAUUUCAUCGUCGAAGUUCUUGCAAAGUUUGUCGCUACAGAAGGCGAGGACUUUCAUCUCCCACCCGGUAGGCAAAGGGAAUUAGGUUUCACUUUCUCAUUUCCGGUUAAGCAGACAUCUUUGUCCUCUGGCACUCUCAUCAACUGGACAAAGGGCUUUUCCAUUGAUGAUGCAGUUGGUGAAGAUGUUGUUGGAGAACUUGUUAAAGCUAUGGAAAGAGUUGGGUUGGACAUGCGUGUUGCAGCGCUUGUUAAUGAUACCAUUGGAACACUCGCGGGUGGUAGAUACACUAAUCCGGAUGUUGUUGUCGCUGUUAUUUUGGGCACCGGCACAAAUGCAGCCUAUGUCGAACGUGCACAUGCAAUUCCCAAAUGGCAUGGUUUGCUUCCAAAAUCAGGAGAAAUGGUUAUAAACAUGGAGUGGGGAAACUUCAGGUCAUCGCAUCUUCCAUUAACAGAAUACGACCAUUCUCUAGAUUCCGAGAGUUUGAAUCCUGGUGAACAGAUUCUUGAGAAAAUUAUAUCCGGAAUGUAUCUGGGAGAAAUCUUGCGUAGAGUUCUUCUGAAGAUGGCUGAAGAAGCUGCUUUCUUUGGCGACGUCGUCCCACCUAAGCUGAGAAUACCAUUCAUCAUAAGGACCCCGAACAUGUCUGCUAUGCACAGCGACACUUCUCCGGAUUUGAAGGUUGUGGGAAGCAAGUUAAAGGACAUAUUGGAGGUCCCUACAUCUUCUCUGAAGAUGAGAAAAGUUGUAAUCAGCCUAUGUAACAUCAUCGCAAGCCGAGGAGCUCGUUUGUCUGCUGCAGGGAUCUAUGGAAUCCUGAAGAAAAUAGGAAGAGACGCAGCAAAAGAUGGAGAAACUCAGAAAUCUGUGAUAGCCAUGGACGGUGGGCUAUACGAGCACUACACUCAGUUCAGCGAGAUAAUGAAGAGUUCAUUGAAAGAGUUACUUGGAGAUGAAGUUUCAGAGAGUGUUGAAGUGAUUCUAUCGAAUGAUGGUUCAGGUGUUGGAGCAGCAUUACUCGCUGCUUCUCAUUCUCAGUAUCUCGAACCUGGAGAAGAUUCUGAAACAAGUUAAUCGUAAAGCCUUUUUUUGUGUUGUUAACCUUCUUCUUUGUCAAUUAGGGUUUAAACAAAUAAAAAGAAGAAGAAGGUAAAAUUUUAUUUUCUCAAUUUUCAGGAACAAUAAAAACUGGAUUCUUCUUCAAGCUCUGGGAAAUUCAAAACACCAGCCAAUGUUGUAGAACUAUAUAUAUUCGAGAUCUUUAUAUAAAUGUUCAUUUUUU